UUUGGAACUUAUUACACUAUCAUUAAGUAGCAGCAGUUCUUGGCAGGUUACUUGAAACCUUCUCCUUAAGGGAGUCGAUCGGUACGUUGUUUAGCAAACCAGACCAAAGGCACCUGCUGGAUCUGCUAGUUUCCAGAAAAGCGGCUGACUGAAGAAACAGAUGGAAAUGAAAAAUGAGGCAGGAAACGAGAAAUGGCGCGGAUCAGUAGGAGGCUUAGUAGAGGGUCCAAUAGACCAAGUGUGGAAGUUAGUAUCGCAAAGUAGUAAACUAUCUGAAUGGAUGCCAAUGGUGGAAAGAUGCACUGAUUUAGCUGGAGAAGAAGGAAUUCCAGGCUACGUUCGGCUAGUUUCUGGUUUCAUGUUCCCUGAAAAGGAUGGAGACAGGUCCUGGAUUAAGGAAAGACUAAUUUCUAUGCACAUUUCAUCACAUAGUUAUGUUUACAAAAUGGAAGCAAGCAAUGUUGGUUUUGAUGGAUCAACAAAUUCACUAAAACUCUUUGAUUAUGAAGAUAAUACAACUCUUGUUAACUGGACAUUUGAAAUAAAUCCACUGGAAGGUUCCUCUGAGGACACAAUUAUAGAUUACUUGGGAUUUCUUUAUAAAUCUUGUAUUAAUAGAAUUAAGUUUGCUAUUGAUGCAUUGCCUCCUCUCAAAAAUGAGUGUACUGGAGAGUAAAUUGCUUUAACAUAUUAUUUUAGCUAC